UGUUCACAGUGAUUGUAGCUGGUAAUAAACUCUUGAAAUUAAACCGCACAUUAGUUACAGUCCUGUGUGGAAGGAAGACGUAAGGAACAAAGUGAGCAGCGUGUCGAGUUUUUUCAGCAGCUGCAACAGGGUCUAUUGGUAUUGCAACUCGUGCCGUUGGGACCUGGGAAGUUCACAAAAGGGAUAUAUCCCAAAGACGUUUAGCAAUGUUAAGGACCUGCUUAUUCCUGAGUGUGGCUUUGUAUUAUGUUCUCUCACAAGAGAUAGAAGAAACCAUCACUUUCACACAGUGUACAGAUGGCUAUGAAUUUGAUCCAGCGAGACAGCAGUGCCGAGACAUUGAUGAAUGUGUAAUUGUCACGGAUGCCUGCAAGGGGGGAAUGAAGUGUGUGAACCAUUACGGUGGCUAUCUCUGCCUUCCCAAAACCGCCCAGAUCACCAUUAACAAUGAAGACGAACCCUCGCGUCCUGCUCAGUCUGGGCCUAUUGUUCCCCCUGUCGUCCCCACGAGACCCCCGCCUCCUCCCACCCGACGCCUUCCCCAGGUCAUGUUCAGACGCACACACUGUAAUACUGGAUUUGCACCGGAUGAGCAGAAUUAUUGCAGAGAUAUAAAUGAAUGUGAGGUCAGUAAUCCUUGUCAACAUCAGUGCUAUAACUUGCUGGGUUCAUUCAUGUGCCAGUGUGAUCAAGGCUACGAGCUCAACAGAGACAGAGUCACUUGUCAAGAUAUUGAUGAGUGCAGUUUCUCCAACUACAUGUGUCAGUAUCAGUGUGUAAAUGAACCAGGGAGGUACUCUUGUGUCUGUCCUGAUGGAUACCAGUUGCAGGGUUCAAGGAAUUGUCAAGAUAUAAAUGAAUGUGAAACCGGGACUGAUAAUUGCAGAGAAGACGAGAUGUGCUGGAAUUACUUUGGCGGAUUCAGGUGUUAUCCUAGGAAUCCCUGUCAUGAACCUUACAUUCGGACAUCUGAAAAUCGCUGUGUCUGUCCAUCAGGCAAUCCAGUUUGCAGAGCCCUGCCACAUUCAAUUGUCUACAAAUACAUGAGCAUCCCUUCAGAUAGGUCCAUACCAGCUGAUGUCUUCCAGAUUCAGGCAACCAACAUCUACGCCAACACCAUCAACACCUUCCGGAUUAAAUCCGGAAAUGAAGGAGGAGAGUUCUUCCUGAGGCAAUCCAGUAAUGUCAGCGCAAUGCUUGUCCUGACGAAGCCUGUAUCAGGACCUAGAGAAUACAUCGUAGACCUGGAGAUGAUUACAGUCAACACCGUAUUGAACUACCGGUCAAGCUCCUUGUUAAGGCUGACAAUAAUAGUCGGACCUUAUCCUUUUUAGUCAGUUUGCACUCUAACACACCUAUACAUGCAACCGAAGAACAUAAAAAGCACUUCAUUGUUUUACUUUGCUUAAUUUUAGAGAGGUAUGCAAAUAUAGCCACUUAAUGCCGUCAUUGCAAAAAAGAAGAACGGUUGGUUUAAGGAAUGUUUUAUUUUGGAGCAUUUUUAAAAUUUGGCUAGAUUAAACAGUGAGUUAAAAAUUACAGUAAACUUAAUAUAGGGUUUAAUAAAGGGUAUUGUGAGUGGCAAACUUGAUCUAAUAAUUCAUAAAUCGGUUUUAACAAAACAUUCCUUAUGACAGUCCUUAAUGUUUUGUAACUGGCUAAAUCUGGCCCUCACUGAUCCAGCACAGUGUUUUACUUUUUUUUAAAACUGAAGUGAGAACAUUUCCAUAAGAUAAUGCCAACUGCAGCACUGUACCAUCAUACAAGAUUCUUUAUAAUUAACAUUUAUUGAACAUUAAAAAAAGUCUCGGUACAACUGAAAGUGUGUUACUUUUCUUUAAAAAAAAAAUGACACAUCAUUUAAAAAAAUAUAUUCGAAUAAUAAACUAAUGUGAUGUGAGCAUUUUCAAAAACACAUUAAACAGAAUGAAAUACCCUGACAUCUCUUCCCUGACUGAAUCCCUGCUCAGCCUUAAGAAAAUUCUGCAUAAACAAUUUAGUGCCACAUCUCACCUUGCAUACUGUUCAAAGCUAAUGGGUUAGCACUUUGGAAUAAGGGCCCCAUCUAAUGAUCAGUAAACUAUUUUUAAAAAAUAUAGAAACUCAUCAGGAGUAUUAACAAGAUACCUCCCUUACUCAUGCAUUUGAAAAAUAGCUUCAGAAGCAUUAAAGGGUAACAGAGCUAUCAUUAACAAACAAAUAACAUAAAUGUUCCCUCACAAUUAAUAAAAUGGGGGAAAAUGUAAUAUCAUUACAAUAUAUACACCAAUUUAGUUUCUACUUUCAUAAACUUUUUUGACAGGCCACAACUAAUCCAACCUACACACUCUCAGGCUAAGCAAGUCACAUCCCGUCCCCAAGGUAUUUGAGAAUAUAUACGCCCUAUUCGCAGUUUUAACUCAUGGAUUACUUAAGGAGGCUUAAUGAAUAAAAUAGUUUUAUAUUCAUGAAAGUGUUCUAGACUAUUGCCAAAGAAGCUGACAACAGUCUAGAACGCUUUCACGAAUAUCAAUCUGAAUUGUAUUCACAUACAGACUGAAAAAUCAUUCUUUAAACCAAGGGCUUUAUUCACAAAAUGCAAGGACCGUUUUAAAAUAUUUUAUGGAGUUUUUAUAAGCAUUUGCUUAAGUGAUUCCUUAAACCAGUUCUUAAGUUUUGUUAAUAGGGCAAUAGUUCAAAGGCUUUAAACAGCAGCUAAUAACCCCUCCCCCAAUUCCUCUCCCUCUAACCCCAGAUUUGAAAUGUUUCCAGCCAUCUUAUCCCAGGGUAGACACAUAAAUAAGAUUUAACACCAUGCCAUUACAUAAUCUUAUUUUGAUUGCUUUUUGUGUUUGGUUUUACAGUAAUACCUUUUAAUAUUUUGAUUUUGUAAAAAAUACCUUUUAAAUGUUCAAGGGUUAGAGAUAUUUUUCUGAGUGCCGUAUACAUUUCUUCAUAAUAUUUAAAACUUUUUUUUUUCUUGUCUAAUAUUGGAAACUUUCUACUCUGAUGUACAAAGUUAUUUUAUAAUUAAAUAAAAUGUAAAUCUUA